AUGGCGGAGAAGAACCCACGGACCGAGACCGUCGCUGCCACCCGCCGCCGCUUGCAGCCGGGGGAUCAGCUUACACCUGUGCGCAGUGCUAUUUAUAUGGGCUGGCCCCGGGAGAUGGCGCCGGGUAACCAGAGAAGGGCGGGAGGAGGAGAAAUGCCACCUGCCACAGCCAUCCCCUGGUUUCGGCUGAUGGGUAUCAGGAAGCACUACCAGCAUACUCAUUCCAACCAAACCCCUUCUGUGGACCUGGAAGUCCCAAGGGUUCACCUUUCCCCCAUGGAGCUGCUGGCAGCAACCGGGGUAUUAAGUGUCAUCGCUUCAGGGAGAAAUACAAGGGGAAGAAUCCCGGGAAAGGUUCUACCCCUCCGUCCGGUGCCGGCGGCAGGCCGGGCUGCGGCGGUGCUCCUCCCUCGGCAAAGGCAUAUAAUGCCUGCCAUGGUCCCGGCAGCCGGCACUGCACGGCGGGAGACGGGCAGGGGAGCAGGCCGAGCGAUGGCCUCCAUGGGGAUGCAGGUACUGGGCAUCGCCCUCUCCGUCAUCGGCUGGCUGGCCUCCAUUCUCUGCUGCGCGCUGCCCAUGUGGCGGGAGACAGCCUUCGUCGGGAACAACAUCGUGGUGGCACAGAUCAUCUGGGAAGGGCUGUGGAUGAGCUGCGUGGUGCAGAGCACGGGGCAGAUGCAGUGCAAGGUGUACGACUCGCUGCUGGCCCUGCCGCAGGACCUGCAAGCCGCCCGUGCCAUGGUGGUGGUGGCCAUCGUCCUGGCCAUCCUGGGCACCCUGCUGGCCGUCGCUGGCGGCAAGUGCACCAAUUGUGUGGAGGACGACACCGCCAAAGCCAAGGUCAUGAUCCUCUCCGGCAUCAUCUUCAUCGUCGCCGGUAUCCUCAUCCUCGUCCCCAUCUCUUGGUCAGCCAACAGCAUCAUCCAGGACUUCUACAACCCUCUCGUCUCCGACUCGCAGAAGCGGGACUUGGGCUCGUCCCUCUACGUGGGCUGGGCGGCCUCGGCGCUCCUGCUGCUGGGGGGAGGGAUCCUGUGCUGCACCUGUCCCUCCCGCGGAGAGAAGCCCUACUCCGCCAAGUUCACGGCUGCUCGCUCGCUGCCAGCCAGCAACUACGUGUAG